UACCCAUGUGUGAACAAGGCAUCCGUGUUGUCCUUCAUUUAGCGCGUGAUUCUUUAUUUAACAAAGAUCAUGAUGUGAAUUCGCGAUGACAAGUCCACUAAAGUACGUACCAAGGUGUCUGUAAAAUAUAUUUAAACUGCUCUUUUUCUCGGUGAGUGCUCGAUCAAAAUCUGUGGCAGGUGAUCCACGGGAAUAAUAAGGACGCCAGUAAUUCACGCGCGGAGCAGAGGCAUGGUUCCUCCGGCGCAACUCCGCGCUAUAAUCAGGCGCCGGGCUGCGUCGAAAUCGCAGAAAGACGGCAGUGGUGGCAAGGCGCGGAAAAGGGACUCCAAACAAUCUGCGAGCGACGCGGCGUCGUCUUCGACAGCAUGCACUUCGAACAAAAGGAAAGGACUGGCAAGCGGAGACUUUACAAACAUCAAAAACAGACUGUGCUCCCGGUUCGGUGCGGCAUCGCGUCAAGCGGACUCCACGGUGACCAAAGAAAGCGAUGACGUGCUCGCCGAAAGCGACGAUGCCGGGAGCUCGAAACCAACCAGCUACACGCCGCUUGAGAGCCAAGUCGUGGCGAUCAAGCAGCGGCACCCCAACACUGUCCUGCUGGUUGAGUGCGGAUAUCGUUUCCGUUUUUUCGGAGAAGAUGCGGAGUUGGCUUCCCGUGAACUUUGUAUCAUGUGCAAUCGGGACCACAACUUCAUGACGGCCAGUAUCCCUGUUCACCGUCUGGGUUUCCACGUGGAACGCCUUGUGUCUCGUGGUCACAAAGUGGGCAUAGUCCGCCAGACUGAGUCGGCAGCACUCAAGUCAGUUGGAGCGUCGAAGUCAACCGUGUUCACUCGUGAACUGACGGCACUGUUCACCAAGUCAACUUUGAUUGGGGAAGAACUCUCAACAGGGUGUGAAGACCCAGCCAAGGGAGGAUACUUGGUGUCUAUAUGUGAAGCCGACUGUGCGACGCCCGAUCACUUACUUGUCGGAGUUGUGGCAGCCCAACCAGCUACUGGAGAAGUUCUGUACGACACAUUCGAAGAGAAUGUGUCGUCUUGUGAACUGGAACAGAGGCUCGAGAGUCUUCAACCUGUUGAGAUUGUUUUCUCCGAGAAGUGCCACCCCAUGUUGGAGAAGACAGUGUGCAGCUUCACGAGCACGAGUCGUGACGGUGUGCGUUUGGAGCGACUCCCACCGGAUUACUUCAAGCUGUCUCCCAGCUUAGAUGCUCUGACCACCUUGUACUCUGGCAACAACAAGCAUUCGUCGAGUAUUGCCCAGCUAGCAGCAAUCCCGCCAGUCGUCAUCUGCUGCUUGGGCUCCCUCCUCGAAUACCUGAAAGCGUUCAAACUGGAGGAAAUCCUCAGGGAUGUGAGCAAUUUCACUCCCAUGUCCAGCGGCUGUCACAAAAUGGAUCUCACGGCAGCGACGCUACGGAGGUUGGACGUGUUCCGUAACUCCACGGAUGGCACAGUGAAAGGCAGCCUGUUCGGCCACUUGGACCACACGUUGACAGCCUUUGGCCGCCGCAUGCUUUUCUCGUGGAUAGGACAACCGUUGGCAGACUUGGAGUUGAUCAAGGAACGCCAGGAUGCUGUUUCGAGCAUACUUUCCAUGGGAGCCAAGAGUCUUCCCGAACUUAGGAAGUUUCUCUCGAGAAUGCCCGAUGUUCAGCGAGGGCUUUGUGCAAUUUUGCACAAGAAGGUGAAGCCAUCUGAUCUUGUGGAAAUACUGUCCGCUUUGUCCCGGGCACAAAGGACAUUCGCGUCACUCAGCACAGACUUUUCGCUUGGCAUCACGAGUACUGCACUGAGGAAUUGCUUUGUAAACAUUGCAAAGCUCUUGAGAGAUGUUGAAAGCCAUCUUGAAUGCUUGGACAUCAAUUCAGCCAAGUAUGCAUGAUGACAUGGCUACGCUCUUCAAGGACUUGUCUGACUAUCCCGACCUUUUGAAGUGCCAUGAGAAUGUUAUCAACAUUGAGCAGGAGCUCCUUUCACUUCGAAAGAUAUAGCUCUGCAGCUUGGAGUUGCCACAUUUAACUACAAAACGGUCAAUGGACUGCCGUAUCUUGUUGAAGUGCCUGUCAAGAAUAUUUCGGCACUACCUCGGGACUGGUUCAAGAUAAGUUCGACGAAGGCCGUAAGCAGGUUUCGGCCACCUGUGGUCGAGUCUCUCUACAAAGACCUGUGCGUUGCCAAAGAAGUGGCACUUAU